CUCCUGUGGGUUGAAUCUGGGAGGGGGUAUGGCUAUCCACCUCCUCUCCCCUGCAGCCCCUGUCUGGCUGGCCCUGAGCAUGCGCAGAAGCUGCAGCCCUGGAGUGGGACUGAUGUUGGAGGGUCAUUCUCAGACAGUUCUGCAGGGCUGCAAUAAAUCACCCCUGCACAUUUCCACCCCUCCCUCCCUCUGUCUGUCUCCCUCCCUCCCUCUCUCUCUCUCCCCUUCCUUCCUUCCUCCCAUCAGCUUGCCACCUCUCACUUUGCAGCCUCUUCUCUCCCUGCUUCCCCAACCCAGACCCCCCCUCUUUUCCCUUAUUCUCACCCUAAAACAAAAAUUGGGCAGGGGCACCCUCUCACCCUGAUAGUAAGGACCUCUUUUAUAUCUGCAGAUUAAGGAGGCUGUGCACCCUUCCCUGUAUCCUGUCACCCCCUGCUAAUCCCCUAAUUCUGCGUUAAUGACUAAAGGAUCUGUCUAAAAACAGGGCGACCAUCCUACAAGCAUCUGAAAGGAAGAGGAGACCCCAAUAUACAGAGCAAAGUCCAGCAGACAGCCAUCCUGGUUUAUAGAUUUUUUUUUAUUCUAUUUUUCCUGUGUUGAGAGGACAUCUACAUUUAGCUGUCCAGAAAUUAAAGAAAAACAAAAGAAGAUUUUCUUUUAGUAGGGUGGUGGAGGGAAGCAAACAUUAUUAUUGGAACAUUAUUGUUAUUAGAAGAAAGGACCCUAUAGAAUAUCAACCUGCAGAAGACCGUCCAUCCAUCGGUGGGGGCCCCUGGUGCAAACGUUGAUCAUGCACUCCCUGGACGAACCAUUAGAUCUCAAACUCAGUAUCUCUAAGCUGCGGGCAGCACGAGAGAAACGAGAGCGGAAUGGUGGCAGCAACAGGAAACGCUCUGUUCACCAUGAACUGAUGAUCCGGGAUGAUGGGACCACUGUUAUCACACCAGUCUGCUCCUCACCCCCUCCAGGGUUCCUGCCUCGGUUUCGAGAAGAGGACAGUCCACCUUUCUCAUCUCCUCCAGUGGUGGACCUCAGUCUUUCCCCACUUUCUGGAAUGGACUCCCCAAGCCGUGCAUCUCUGUCUCCGGAAAGGGUGGGUGGAGUAGACACUCCUCUGGACGCUCAGUCGCUGCGUUGUGUGGGGGACACCGCUCCAAGUCCCUUCCAGUUCUACUUGCCGCUCAGCUCUGGACUCCAGCUGCCUCCCUCCAUGUUCCUAUCGCCUCCCAAAGAAAAGCGCCUCUCCCUGGAGUACACCGAACAGAAACAGCUGGUGUGUCAGUGGGCAAAGUGUAACCGACUCUUUGAGCUGCUGCAGGAAUUGGUCGACCACGUGAAUGACUUCCAUGUCAAACCGGAGAAGGAUUCUGGAUACUGCUGCCAUUGGGAGGGCUGUGCCCGUCGAGGGCGGGGUUUCAACGCCAGGUAUAAGAUGUUAAUCCACAUCCGAACUCAUACCAAUGAGAGGCCACAUUGCUGUCCCACCUGUCACAAGAGCUUUUCACGGCUGGAGAACUUAAAGAUUCACAAUCGCUCCCACACAGGGGAAAAACCUUAUAUGUGCCCGUACGAGGGCUGCAACAAACGUUACUCCAACUCAAGUGACCGCUUCAAGCAUACUCGCACCCACUACGUGGACAAGCCCUAUUACUGCAAAAUGCCAGGAUGUCAGAAACGCUACACAGACCCCAGCUCGCUACGGAAACAUAUUAAGGCCCAUGGUCAUUUCAUCUCACACCAGCAGCGGCAGCUGCUAAAGAUUCACCAGCCUCCAAAACUGCCAACAUCUGGGGACAGCGGUUAUGCCAAUGGUGCUCAACUGAUCAUUCCCAAUCCCGCGGCCAUUUUUGGCAGCCAGUCCUUGCCUAUUCCACUUGCACCAGGGCCAUUGGACCUAAGCUCAUUGGCAUGCAGUGGAGUGGCAUCAGCCUUGGCAGGGCUUCAUAAUCCCAUGCUGACAUUGGCAGGCUCACCCCUUAACCUGGCUAAAGGCUCUCUCCUUUCCCAAGCAUACUCUGCGGCAGGCCUUGGCCUACCUCUAGUCUCCUUGGUAGCAGCAAGCAAAGCGGAGAUGGAAAAGCACCCAAAAGGUCAAAAGUCAGAUAGCAACGAGAGGACUGAAGGGUCAAAAAUAAGGCCUAGUUCAGCAGAUGGGCUUUCUUUUCUGCCUGGUGGUGUGUUAGAUCUUUCCCCUAGUAUGGGUUCAGAGCCUCUUCUGCCAGGAUGGGUGGUCAUUCCACCGGGCUCUGUGUUACUGAAACCAGCAGUGGUCAACUAAGAAGGCCUUACUAUUUCACCUGAGGCCCACUGAACUUUUACAAUGGCCCUGCAUUGACCAUAGAGCAGAGACCUUUUCUCCUGGUCGAUGGGCAGAUUUGCCCAUCACAACACAUUUUCCAGGUACAUUCCCUGCUGCUCUAUUUCCAUGGACCUCCUUCUACAGAUAACAAUUCACGGACCAUUUGCAGAGAAAACUUGCUGGUUUCUGCCUUCAGACAUACAACUCGCACAACAGGGCUGAAUGGAUUUUAAGAUAUUUUUGCUGUUAAUGCAGAUUUGCUUCUUGCCCUUUGCAUUGGGACCAAAGACCGGCAGACGUUGAAUGCUAAAUUCUCUGAAAAACAAACAAACAUUUAUUCCAUUACGAAAAAAGGAGUAAAAACUCCACAGGAAGAACGUGCAAGGGGAAUGUACAAUAAACAGCUUUUUGUACCAGGGGCAGGAUCGAGCACCUAUGUUAGAGUGUGUGUACGAAGGCCUGAAGGUCUCUGAAUCCUGGUAAUGUUUAGGAUCUGCAGUCCAUAUUGGUUUCCCGAAAAUUUACGAGAGAAGGUUUUUUUUUAAAAAAAAAACACCUUCCGAGCAAAGCAAUAAAUCAGGAGACGUUCGGCUCGAGCGAACUACAAUACGACAAGAGGGAGUGGAGCGUGGAUGUUGUGGAGUUAAUUUGUUUCAUCCAUUUGCUUUAAUUCUUCGCCAAACUUUCUGUCUGUUGCGGAACUGCUUAUUAAUGUUACUGCUGUCCCUUUAAAACUCUCAGAAUUCUUCUUCAUAGUCAGUAUAUACUCAUUCUUUUUUUAACCCACUAAAGUUCAAAUUGAAACAAUAUCAUUCCUGUAUGGAGAAACACAUUUUCACACAAUUUUCAAGGAUGACAUAGGUCUCAAUUUACUAUUUUUGGAUAAGCUUUCAAAUGUUCACAAUCUGUUAGAAAAACAUUUUAAAUGAUUUAUCGACAGAAAUCACCAUUAAAGUCUAGGCCGCAGGGAUAGGCAACCUUUGGCACUCCAGAUGUUGUGGACUACAUCCCCCAUAAUGCUCUUACACCCAUAAUGCUGGUAAAGCAUCAUGGGAGGUGUAGUCCAAAACAUCUGGCGGGCCGCAGUUUGAAGACCCCUGGUCUAGGGGAAUGUUUGUAGAUAAAUCAUUUGAAAAACAGAUUGGGAUCAUUUGAAAGAUUCUCCAAAAACAUUAAAUCGAGUUCAUAGUUGAUUGCACUUAAUGUAUUUCACACAAUAGCAGGGGACUAUACUUACUUGGAAAAUUUAGGCAAGAGAUAAAGAUUCAAAAAAACCUCUCCAAUUUGACUAUAGUCACAGUGAAAUUUUGCAAUAUGUUUUUUAGUGAAUAAGCCCCUGUAGGGUUUUCUGCAGGUUGGGAAAGCACAUUUACCUCUGUUUUUUCUUGGGAAAGGCGUCUGGAAACACAGGAGAUGUACCCCAUUGUACAGCGCUACGGGAAUCUGCUGGCGCUAUAUAAAUAAUAAAAUAGUAAUAAUAAUAAAAAUAAUGUUACUAAGGACAGCAGCGAUAAAAUUUGUGGGUGCUCGUAUGUAUAAGAUUAAUGGCUGAGAAAACCCCAAAAGGGCUACUGCAUUAGAAUAAAUAAGUGAAAUAAUAAGAUUAGCAAAUGUUUGUAGACUACAAAUCACACGAAGCUCAGCUAGCCCAUCGGCUUAAUGUACUGAAGUCACCAUGCUGACACACUAAUCCAGUUCAAAAGCGUUUACAGCCAUGUCAAAGAAAAAAGACACAUUUGUCUGAUGACACCUGCCUUGGUAGUGCAUCAUGGGAAUUGUAGUCCGCAUAUAUUUGCCCUCUAGCGCCUGGGUUUGAGACCAUGUUUGACUGUGUGUGCAGAGCUUGUGAGUAGAAUAAUAUUGCAGUUUUGCCUGUUUGUUUGCUGUCUAUUUACCUCUUAAAUAGGCAACACAAACACUGCAACUUUUAGUGGUAGUAGUUAAUUUGCUUAAAGGGACACUCUAGUGCCAAAUUAAAAAAAAAUGCUCAUUAGCAGAUAUACCCCAAUAAAUCAUGAAGGCAUUUAAUGUAUUUUUUAAAAUUGGUGGUAUAUCUAAAAACAGCUUUCAAUGGUUGCAGAUCUCUUGUCUGCAACCUUUUAACCCCGCCCAGAUUUUUUGUGGCUGUCCAAUCACAGAUUUCCCAAUGUAGCUCAAUGAGCAUUCUUUGUAAGGCAGGUGCUCUGGGCAAGAGUUUAGCCUCAUUGAGCUAACUAAACCAGGAAGUAACUUGACCAGUUGUCUGCUUGAGAGUCAAGGGGGUGUAACCAGGUUCAUUUAUAAAAGUGCCAAUUUCUAUUGAUAUCUGCACUUUGCAUAAAAAAACCUCACAAAAAACAAACAAACCACACUCUUCAAACAUAAAACAAGCUAAACUUCUUUAUGGGUUGAGUGUCCCUUUAAAAGGAGUCUCCACAAUUACAAUUAUAAUGUAGAAGUGUUAAUGUACAUUCUUUCAUAACAAACCACCCCCUACAGUGUUUGUGAUAAAAGUAAACAGAAUAAAGGAUCUAUUUCCUUUUUUCAGUGACGAGGCUCCUUCGAUGCUGCUUACCUCUCCUCAUUUGAGAUCAUGGCGGAGGCGUUGGCCUUCUGCAUAGUUAGUCCAAUCCAAUGUUUCUCAUAGAGGAGCACUAAGGAUCUGAUGCAAGGCGAGCGCUGGGCACAGUGAGUCACGCUUCCCAUAGGAGAGAAUUGAAUGGGUGCUUUCCUAUGGGGCCUUCCGUGUCAAAUGAAAAAGGUCUACUCAGUGCCGCGCCAGCUCCUCUAGUGGCUGCCAGUGUACCCGGUGCAAUGCAGACAGUGCAGUUUCUAAAAAACUUCAGUUUUACUUUGCAAGGUUGAAACUAAAGGAUCACAUCAGCUAGACCACUUCAUUGAGAGAACGUGGCCUGUGUGAUUUUAGUGUUCCCUUUAAUAUACCAAAAUAGCUAUUUCAAGAUAAAUUGCAGCUCUCGUUUAACAAUAGAGGCAUAUACAAAUGAUAAAUAAGCCGGGCGUUCCAUACUGACACACCGUCUUUAGGGAGGGUUAUCAUGAUGGCAUGAAAUAUCUUUGGUCCUUAAGGGGUUAAUGGUAUUUAUACGUACUAUCCAAUGCAGGUGGAACUAUAAGAUCAGGGGAUUAUUCACUAAACAAUGAGCUAUUACCUGGCAACUAGGUUUUUACAAUAACCACUUGCAAUCUCUCCACCCAAACAUACUGUAUCUAUUGACUCUACAAAGCUGUCUUUUGCAAUCCAGGUGUUACCAUAUCAGGAUUUACUGAAUAGUGAGUAAAAGCUUAAAGGGGCACUAUAGACAACAGAACAACUAUAGCUUAUUGAAUUUGUUCUGGUGAGUAGAAUCAUUACCUUCAGGCGUUUUGCAGUAAACACCGUCUUUUCAGAGAAAAGGCAGUGUUUACAUUACAGCCUAGGGAUAACUCCACUGGCCAUUCCUCAGAUGGCUACUAGAGGUGCUUCCUGGGGCAGUGUUGCACAGUGUGACAGACAUAUCGUGUCUCCACCCUCUGAAAGGAGACACGGAGCUUUCCUCAUAGAGAUGCAUUGAUUCAGUGCAUCUCUAUGAGGCAAUGCUGAUUAGCCAGGGUAGAGUUUGGCUUUUCCCCAACCUAGCCUCUUUGGCAAUCUCAGCCAAUCCAAAGCUUUCCUAUGGGAAAGCAUUGUGAAUGGCUGAGACCAGCACUUCUAAAGAUGUCAGCCAAGGAGGCAGAUCAUGGGCAGAGCCUGCACCUGCAGACAUGAAUACAAUUUUACUAUAUUUACAGAGUCAGGGGUGCUACACUGUGAUUUUAACACUAUAGGAUCGGGAAUACAUGUUUGUGUUUCUGAUCCUAUAGUGUUUCUUUAAACCAUUCAAAUGUUAUAUUGGGAAUAGAAAUUCCAGUUCAUACGUCUUCCUCAAGGAGCGGAGGGUAUAAUUGCUUUCCCAGACUGAUGGAACCCAGUGUGAUUUGUAAAGGUGAACAUUUCACCAUUAUAAAAACAUUCUAACACACAUUAUAUAUACUUGUGAUGCUUUUUCAUAUAAGACUAAAUUAGUAAAUUAUUAUAUAUAUAUAUAUACACAUAUUUAUUUUUAAUAUUUAAAAAACCUUGCUGCUUUUACCUCCAGCAGAGUGGCGUUUUCAAGAAAUAUCUGUCAAUUCUCAGUUGAAGGAGUUUAUUGACUGCAUUGAAUUAAAAAUGAGAUUGCAGAAUAAAGGCUAAAAUAAUUGAUUUGGAACAAAUGAUACCGCUCAGCUAUAGUUACAGCAUUUCCCCCCCCCCCCCCUCAAUUCGCCGUUUAUUAAAUAAUUCCUAUUCUGUUUAAUGUGUCAAACUGGGGCUUCCUUCUGGCUGCGGUGAAUUGUUUUCAGCCAAUAAGAUGUUCCCAGAAUGCCUCCCCCCAAAAACAAAAAAAAAUUGGAGUGAAUAUGUUGGAGUAUGUUGAAUAGGGUGUUGCAAUAUUUAGACCAAACUAGCUGAGCUGGAAAAAUGGUGGAGAGUUUUUCAUUUUGGCUAAUUUGGUCUAAAAACAAAUGACUUUUCACUCCCUAAGCGAAGUAUUGUAUAACGCCAUUCCUGUCAUUGGGAGAAGGGGCAGCAUUUUUUUUCAACCCAUUUAAUGCAAUAUUGUUUUCCCCAUUAUUUGUAAUUAAUCUCCAACUCUUAUAGAGUGUUCCUUACAAUGCAAAUGUCAUUCUCUCCCUGUUCACCAAUCAGGUUUCCUCUGCAUCUUCAAAACUGCAUUUUCUUUCUCUAAUAUUCUCUGUUCUCUGAAUUCCGACGUUUCUCUAUGAUGAUGAUUCCAACCAACAUUCCAAAACGGACCAAGUUUGUUGCACUCACCGUUUGGAUAUUAUGGCUGUUUUUGUGGGAUGACAGAUUCUGUUUGGACUAAAAAUAACGAGAGCUUUGAUUUUCAAAACCAGUAAAAUCACAGCUUGAUUUUGGGUGACCUGGUAAGUUGGUUCUGUCCAGUGGGCAGUAUAGUACUUACCGUAUACCUGCACUAUCCUCCUAAACCUCAGUAUACUUGUGGCUCUCCGGUUGUUGUGGUCUAAGACCUUCAUGACAAUGUGAGAGCCGUAGUCCACAACAGCUAGCGUGUCAAAGUUUAGCCAUCACCGAUACGUUAUAUCUAGCUAAGAUUUCCGACCUAGGUACUGUGCGAUAACGACCGUCUCCCAAUGAAGGUCGCUGCUCGGAUUUUCAUUGGGGUGUAUUGAAACUCCGUGUUUUACCUUUAUAUGAAGAUACGAUUCAGUAAAAAUGGUGAGUGUGUGUGAAGAGCUGCUUCUCAGGAGCAGACAUUGCCUUAAAACCUGCACUUAUGUUGGUCCCUUAUGGAACUUAGUACGACAUGCCGUGACCUACAGAAGCAGCUCCCCUUCCUCCCUCCUGUUUGUUCUCUGGACCCAAUACGACAAAGCAUUCUGCCGCAACGAAUGCUGCUUCCCAACGCUUCUCCGGAGAGCAUGCAGAAUUAUUGCUUUUUUUUUUUCUUUUUCUUUUUUAAACCAAUCAAACUCCCCCAUAUAUCACUCAUUUACCACGUAUGCAAGAAGGAGGCUAUCUGCUGGCUCCGAUGGCAAAGUGCAAGCUAUGUAACAGACGGUGUGAGUGGCUGUGUGUUUGAUGAGCUGCUGUAGUUCACAAUUGACCUGGUGUAUACAUUCAUGGUCUCCCCGUGUGUGACCAUUUCUUACUGCACACGGGAGUAGGCCAAUCGCCCCCGGGAUAAGAGAAUUGUUCACGGGAAUAGUGGCAGUUUGGUUUUCUUGUGGGGUGGUCAUUUCUCUUUUCCUUUACAUUAGGGUCCGCAGUAUAUUGUGGCGAUGGGCCCUGGAUAAUUAGAAAACCAUUAAAGAGUCCAGAUCAGUUUUAGGAAGAUCUUCAAUUUGGGGAAUUAAGAGGGUCAAGUGGAUUGUUGCUUUACGGAGGGUGAUGUUCUACAGGCAACCCAUGUGAAGUGCCUUCUGUAUCAUAACUAAACUCCCCUUGUUCCCCCACCCCAAUGCGUUUUAACUCCCACAUUGGCGAUCGCUACAGACUGUACGUGUGAGUGAGACGGAGAGAAAGCUGUGUGACUGCGUCAUGACGAGACCGCCCCUUGAGCGCGGAGAUUGUCCUGUGUGCGGCCAAGGGGCCCAGCUGUCAACGAGACGCUUCCCUGAACUGGGAGUGUUUAUAUGACUGACAAAUCCUAAUAAAAUGAAAAUAAUAAAAAAAACACAUUGGUUUUAAACAUG